UGUGUGUGUGUGUGUUUAAUAAUUAGUUUUUGGGUCUCCCAGAUUGUGAACCAGGUUUUCUGAGGCAAACUUGACAGCAGAGAGAAAAGUUAUGCUCUGUCUGAAAAGAAAAAAAGCUUAUUUCAUCUAUAUAAUAACCAUUUAGCUUCCUGAAAACGAUCUUUCUUUUCAACAAUAUGAGUCCUUUUAAUCUGAGAAAGUAUAUUUAAAUGUUUGUUUUUGAGAAGCAGUUUUAAUAUUUUAGGUAUUUAGGAACAUUUAUUAGGACAUCAGAGUCAUUGCUCCGUGGUGUUUCUGCGAAUUCUGGCUUCCGUGUUUCCCCUGGCCUUGACUUACAGCAUUACUUUCUCAUUGAGUGAGGUUCUUCGUGUUUGAAAUCACCAGUUUGAGGUAGAGGUCAGGAAUCAUGCUGAACCCAGAUGUUGGUGGAGGAACAAAGUCCAAAUAGUUUUGGGACUAAACUUGCUUUGUGCAACUGAUUAUUUUGGAUAUGGGGAAGGAGCCAAGAUGCCACACAAAUCAUGCUUUCCACCUUGAGCUUUGGGGAGUAGGCAUCUGCAGCCAUAGCUCCUGAGUCCUGAGACUUUGUUUUCUAGGGAUGCCCACCUGAAUUUAUAGAAGCUCCUUAGCUGUUGUAAAUUAUCAAUAUUUUUAGACUUUGAUUUGCUGGAAGGGAAUGCACAUGAGAGUCAGGCCUUUAAUAUUCUCUCUUCUCCAUGCGCUUGGAAAGAAAUUGUCCACUGUGGGAUCGAGUGACUACUGACUGUUUGCCAGGUGUGGGCUAGAUGCUGAAGAUGGAGAAAGAUGGGGAUUGAGGAGGCCUGAAGAAUGCCAGGGACAGGCUGAUGGGCUCAGGUGGCAGGUUCCAGCAUCUCACCAUGAGCACCGAAAAUCCGACGGCGGGAGACUUGGCUCCGGCUCCCCUUGUCACUUGCAAGCUCUGCCUGUGUGAACAGUCCCUGGACAAGAUGACCACACUCCAGGAAUGCCGCUGCCUCUUCUGCACAGCUUGCUUGAAACAAUACCUGCAGCUGGCCAUCCGAGAAGGCUGUGGGUCUCCCAUUGCUUGCCCCGACACGGUGUGCCUGAACCACGGGACCCUGCAGGAAGCGGAGAUUGCCUGCCUGGUGCCUGUGGAUCAGUUUCAGCUUUACCAGCGGUUAAAAUUUGAACGAGAAGUUCACCUGGACCCCUACCGAACAUGGUGCCCUGUUGCGGACUGUCAGACGGUGUGCCCUGUUGCCUCCAGUGACCCGGUUCAGCCUGUGCAGGUGGAGUGCCCUUCCUGUCACCUGAAGUUCUGCUCCUGUUGCAAGGAUGCUUGGCACGCAGAAGUCUCCUGUAGAGAUGGUCAGCCCAUCGUCCUGCCAACAGAACACGGGGCCCUCUUUGGGACAGACGCAGAAGCCCCCAUUAAGCAGUGCCCUGUUUGUCGGGUUUACAUCGAACGCAACGAAGGCUGUGCUCAGAUGAUGUGCAAGAAUUGCAAACACACGUUUUGCUGGUACUGUCUCCAGAACCUGGAUAAUGACAUUUUCCUCAGACACUAUGACAAAGGGCCGUGUAGGAAUAAGCUGGGCCACUCGAGAGCCUCGGUGAUGUGGAACCGGACGCAGGUGGUGGGGAUUCUGGUGGGAUUGGGCAUCAUUGCCCUGGUGACUUCACCCUUGCUGCUCCUGGCUUCCCCGUGUAUAAUCUGCUGUGUCUGCAAGUCCUGUCGGGGCAAGAAGAAAAAGCACGACCCAUCCACGACCUAAAGGCCUCUGCUCCUAUCCACGUGCCACAGACGUCCGGGGUUACAAUGAGAAGCACAGUGAUAAAGCCCCACUUAGUGAACUUGCCUCCUCCUUGCCAAACUUUGAAAGUGCCUCUGUGUCCAGACUUUGAACUUGCCUGCCUGCCUUUGGCAUCAGAAAAGGCCGAGCCCGUGUGAAGAGAAGGACCCGGGUUCUGCAGUCUCGGCCGUGUCUAGGGAGCGUGUCGGGAAGCUUUGGGGUUGCUGAGAAGGAACGAACCCACCGUCAUUUUAUCCUUGGGAAGGAUCCCGCUGGACUGUUCAAGUUCCAGCCAAAUUCGAGGAGCCCGAGUGAACAUUCAGUAUCAUGGUUGGCAACACACAUUGUAACUGAGCAGCUAGAGUCUGUUCUGUGUUGAUUUGGCCACCACGAGAAAUAUGGGAGAAACCCACUCCCCCACCCCCCGGUAGGAGGGAAAGGAUAACACUGUUGAAGGGGAGAUUGUCCUAAGCGCUGCGCAGCAGGCUGCUUGUCUUGGGGAGUGGGCAUGUUGGUUCUGCCUCUGUGGGCUCCUGGGCAUGCUGUUCCAGGCAUUCCCACAGUGACUUGGCAGAAACACGAUAGGUUUCUCCAUGUGUGAUCUCAGCUUCAAGCAGGAGAAACUGCUGUGCAGACGGAGUUGUCCCUUCCAAGUGAAGGGGUUGCAGCCUGUAAAACAAUGUGGUCUGAUCAAGUAGCUCUGCCUUGGCAAAUGCAACUUUGGGAAGGUGAUAAAUUCUCCUACAGCCAGUAGCUGUGGUUGACAGGAUUGUUUUAUAUGAAAUACUGGUCAAGUGGCCGAGGUUAACCUUCAUCAUAGAUAACAGAGAUCUUUCCUGAGCUCUGUGUUCAUGCACCCCACACAUUUAGAGUUGGACCUAAAAGUACACACCAAGAGUGAGUAUCAAAGUCCAUGUGUACACCAAUACACGUAAGUUGCUGCCAACCUAGAAUUUCCAUCCAUUGGGCAUGCGUGAGUCUAUCCAGGGUACACAUAAAAUAAAUGUUUCGUCGAAGCCAUUCUCUCUUUCCUUCUGGGACGAAUGUGGUUUAUUAUAAAUCAACCUAAAGGGUUUUCUUUUUGCAUAUUAUAUAUGUAAAUUUUGGUUGCAAGUUCAUAACUUACCCAAAGGUAUAGACUCAUAAACCUAACUCUUUUAAAACAACGCCUAGUGCGAUGUCAUGCCAUCUCUGUUUGUAAAAACACUAAUAAUCGAGUUAUUUGCAUCUUUCCAAACACAGCUCAGAACAGCUCUCAGCGGAGUGUCGUAUUGCUCCUUCAGCAUCUGGGAGGGCAAUCCAAAUACUUUCUGUGUGUACAAGGCACUGAUAAAACAACAAAAAAUGUAAGAAACAAAAUGUAAAUGCUUCAAGUAUCAUAAAUGCUUUGGGUUGGUAUCGCCUUAUUGCGACUUAUUUUUCCUGUUAUCCAUCGGUCAGAUUUUGAAUAAACGGGUUUUGAAAAGACAA